GUUAUUUUGGAAGUGUAUCUUUAGCAAGUCAUCGAUUAAUUCUUACAAUUGCGCUGAUAUUAUAUCAGAUACCACAUAGUUUAGCUGUAGCAGCUUCAAACGGGGUUGGUAAUUUACUGGGUGCUGGUCUACCAAAUAGAGUGACAAUAGCUACAAAUACCUCAUACUUGCUGUCAUGGGUGCCGCAUGCAAUGCAAACG